GAGCUCCACUCUUCCUUGCAUGUCAAAAAUGGCAUUUCGAACCUGCACAGCUCUUGUCGCACGUCUUCAUACGAUCGGGGUCAAGACCGCCGUCUGCACUGGACCAGCUGCGGUCCGGUUUAAGAGUUCCUGCCCCGUUCAGAUAAGUCACCUGGACCACCUUGUCCUGACUGUGCGUAACAUGACGAAAACGAUAGAUUUCUACUCUUCUGUCCUGGGCAUGGAAGUCGUUACUUUCAAGGGAGGCCGUAAAGCCCUGAGUUUUGGGGAGCAGAAGUUCAAUUUACAUGAGGUUGGGAAGGAGUUUGAGCCCAAAGCCAGGACCCCCACCCCGGGCUCUGCAGACCUGUGCCUCAUCACGAAAACACCACUGACCACUGUCGCUGCCCAUCUGCAGGCAUGUGGAGUGACUGUGGAGGAGGGGCCUGUGAUGAGGACCGGAGCAGUCGGGCCAAUCACAUCACUUUAUUUCCGGGACCCUGAUAACAACUUAAUUGAAGUCUCCAAUUAUAAUGAAUAGACAGCAGAGGGCGCUCUUAGACUGUGUAAUACCAGAGAACAGAGUUUGUGCUUAUUUUACUGUUUUCCACUAGUACAGUUUUUAACACACAGUGUAUUAAAAGUGCAUUGUUAACCAACACUAUAUAAAGACUUUAAAAUGUUGCAGAUGUCUGUUACCCCACCUCACUGACCUGGGUCAGACACACACCCCUUUUUCACUCACGCUAUGACCAGAGUCCUCACAUUAGACCAGAUAAAAUCAGUUUGUUAUGCCAGGACCCAUUUACCUUCAGAAUGAAAAGCAUGCAAAGCACAGAGUUCUGUAUUUUGCAGUUCUCAUCAGAUUGUU